AUGGAAUCAAGCUCCAAGCGCCGCAAGAUUGGCCAUGAGGGCGGAAUCCGCCACUCUGGCCUUAUUGACUUUGAGUCGCGAAACACGGCCCGCGUCAACGCUGCUAGCACCUUUGUCUUGCAGACGGAUGAGCUGCUGAAAGAGGCCAAGCCAAACUACGAAAAGGCACUCCAUGGUGUUGAUGGCCAAUUGCACCGACUCAAAAGCAUAAUCGAUUCAAUUGAGCCUCACGAUCCUAGGCCGAUUUCCGAGGCCACCAUCAAGUUCGAAAAAGAGCAUCGCAUCGUUAUUCCGUUUCCCGACCCAAAGCCAGCAAAGGAUGCCCCAUACAAGGUCUCUUAUGCACCUCCGUCACAAUGCAACGUCGUUGGAAGCUAUGUUUCUCGGACAAUGAUCAAGACGCAGUCCGAGUUUGGAAUCGAUAUGGUCGUCCAGAUGCCCGCCUCGUUAUUCCAAGAGAAGGACUACACAAACAUGCGAUACUUCUAUCGCCGAGCCUACUACAUUUCGUACAUUGCCGCUCGUGUGCGCAAAGAGUUUGCCGAGGAUAUGGAACUGAGCUUUGAGAACCUGAACGAGAACCCUCUGCUGCCGAUCGUCGUCCUCCGACCAAAAGCUUCGAGCGAUGGAAGCGAUGAGCGAGAGACCAAGAAGAAGGCCAAGAAGUCAUCUUAUAGCAUCAAACUUAUUCCUUGUGCUCCUGAUGACUUAUUUCCUUGGUCCAAAGUGACGCCAAAGUCGAACAAUAACCGAUUGGGCGAGGUGGAUGAAAAGAAGGCCGCUCAAACCGCAACACCGUUUUACAACUCCACUCUGAAUGCCGAACGAACUUUUAUUCCUUACUUACGACUCCUCACCCAUCUCAAAAAGGAAUGCCCUGCUUUCCCGGAUGCUUGUAUCCUCGGAAGGACGUGGCUUCAGCAACGUGGCUUCGGCAGCGCCGUCUCUCAGGGAGGCUUCGGCCAUUUCGAAUGGGCGGCCAUGAUUGCUUUGCUCUUGCAGACAGGCGGAAGAAACGGGCAAGCGGCUCUAUCGACCUCGCUGAGUAGCACCGAGCUUUUUAAGGCAGCACUUCAUUUUUUAUCCACAACGGAUCUCAGCAAGAAGCCGUACACAUUUGGCUCUUCCAGCGUUUCCGUGGAUACUGUUCGAGAGGCCGGCCCUGUCAUGUUUGACCCCGUCAGACAGCUCAACCUCUUGUUCAAGAUGACUCCAUGGUCGGCUAGCUUGCUGCAGACUUACGCAAGAUCAACUACCGAUCUCCUUGCCGAUGUCAUGGCCGACAAAUUCGAUCCAACCUUUAUCAUCAAGGCGGAUGUUCCGUUUCAAACAUUUGAUGUCAUUUUCGAGAUCCAGAGCUCCGAUGUAGCGAAAUUUUCUGAAACUGCUGACCGCAGGGGCGCAGUGACCAACUUCUGUCUCGAAGCAUACAAACACCUCAAGCGGGCGUAUGGUGACCGAGCACAACUUGUACAAUUCCAGUUGCCUCAGAGAGGACACUGGUCGCUGUCCAAGCCUCCAGCCAAAGAAGUCUUGCGUGUCCUUAUUGGCGUCAUCUUUGACCCUGCCCACAUGCCAAGACAGAUGGAGUUCGGUCCCCCUGCCGAAGAGCAAAAGGAAGCCGCAAAAUUCCGACAGUUUUGGGGUGACAAGGCUGAAUUGCGACGAUUCAAGGACGGCAGCAUUCUGGAGUGUGUUGAGUGGUCCAGUAAGCUUCCGCUGCAGAUCUGCGAAGAGAUGACCCAUUACACUCUCCAGCGGCAUUUGAAGAUUUCAAAACACCAAGUGACAACCAUCGGCGGUGCCUUUUCUUCCAUCAUUAGCCUUUCACAUCUAGACAAGUCGGCCUUUGAUUCAGCCAGACAGGCAUUCCAAGACUUUGAAAGAGAUAUCCGCAACCUCGAAGAAUUGCCAUUGCACAUCAGACAACUCUCCGCUACGUCCUCGUCCGCGCGCUAUGCGUCCAUUGAGCCGCCGUUGGUUGGUUACCAUAAAGGAUCCAUCGAACUCAUAGACGUGAACCUCUACUUCGAAGCAUCAAGCAAGUGGCCCGAGAAUCUCACAGCCAUUCAAGAGGCAAAGGUCGAGUUCCUUCUCGACAUUGACAGGAGAUUGAGAAAGGCGAAUGAAAAGAUCAGCACCUACUUGGGCCGCGAGAACAGGGAACUCGGCAUCGAGAAUCUGGCCUUCCUCGACAUCAUUUAUGAAAAUGGGGCAGCAUACCGGCUGAGGAUACACUGCGAUUUGGAAGAAAAGCUCCUCGAACGGCAAGUCAAGAACAAGACGCUCGAACCUCGUGUCCGCGAAGAAGCCGAGGAAGCUUUCGUGAAACUGAACUGGUUGUACAACACUCUCCCGCUGCACACUCAGACCAUUGCAACAUUCUGCACUCGCUUCCCGCCCCUCUCGUCAACCAUCCGACUAGUCAAGCAUUGGUUCAACUGCCACAAGCUGACCGGCCACAUCCGCGAAGAGCUCAUCGAGCUCUUCGUCCUUCAUGCCUUCCUCCAGCCUUACCCCUGGAAGCAGCCGUCAUCCGUAGUCACGGGCCUGCUACGAACACUCUUCUUCCUUUCAAAAUGGGACUGGCGCGAUGAAGCCUUGAUAGUUGACACCGGGGAGGAUCUCUCCGAAGACGAUCGCUCGUCUCUCCACCACGAGCUCCAAACCUGGAGGAAACGAGACCCCAACAUGAACGACAAGGUCAUGUGUGUAGCCACCUCCCACGACCAAUCCGGCCUCGCAUAUACCCGCAACGGACCUUCUAAGCUAGUCGCCUCACGCAUGACACAUCUCGCAAAGGCAGCCUGCAAGCUCGUCCGCGAAAAGGGCAUCCGCCUCGACCCGUCUCUGCUAUUCGAGACCGCCCUCCAGGACUACGACGUCCUAUUCCACUUGUCCUCCAAGGCCAUCAAAUCCAUCGUUCGUGAAACGGCCGUCGAGUCUGGCGGAAGAAAGCAGUCUCAGUUCAAGAACCUCGAUGUCCUGACGGCAUCCGUCCCGCUGCCCAUCCGCGCUCACCCGACAGACGUCUUUAUCGAGGAGCUUGAGCGUGUAUAUGAAGACACGCUGCUGUUUUUCAAGGGCAGCGCAGAUGAUGGCGUGGUGGCAGCCCUUUGGAACCCUAGACUGCAGAAGCAAAAGUUCAGAGCAGGCCUGCCGUACAACUUCCACUCCGUCAAGGGUGACGGCGACCAAGUCGAGCUGAAUCGCAAGGCCGUUCUCCUAGAAAUUGCGCGAGCGGGAGGAGAAAUGAUUAAGAAAAUCGAGGUAGCAGAUGAGGAAGAGUAA